AUGUCGAUCAAGUUUGGCAAGUUGACAAAGUUUGAAGGCGUCGAUUUCCGUCGCUGGCAGAAGAAGAUGCACUUUCUUCUCAUAACUUUGAAGGUCGUGUAUGUCCUGAGCACUCCAUGCCCCGAGGAAACCAAAGAUGAAACUUUGGAGGCAACACGUCACAAGAGCAAAUGGGAGAAUGAUGACUACAUUUGUCAUGGUCAUAUUCUCAAUGCAAUGUUUGAUCCACUUUUUGAUACUUAUCAAAAUAUGGAUUCAGCCAAGGAACUUUGGGAGGCACUUGAACUUAAAUACAUGGCUGAAGACGCUUCGAGCAAGAAAUUCUUGGUAAGUGACUUCAACAACUAUAAGAUGGUUGAUUCGAGGCCUGUGAUGGAGCAGUAUAACGAGCUCCUUUGCAUCCUUGGUCAAUUCAUGCAGCACGACUUGAAGAUGGAUGAAUCCAUUGUUGUUUUAUGUAUCAUUGACAAGUUUCCGUCUGCAUGGAAGGAAUUUAAGCGAAAGGUUAAACACAAAAAUGAAGAGUUGACACUUGUAGAACUACUCGGAAGCCAUCUGUGCAUAGAAUAA